AAACCUGGAAAACUCACCUGAAAAGCACUGAAAUCCAUAUCCUCAACAGAUGUGCAGAUGUGUUGUUGGGUCAGGUGUUUUGUUUGUUUGUUUGUUUGUUUGUUUUUGUGUGUGUGACAUUUUUACAAUUGAAAAAGCUAUAAGAAGAGACGUAAGUCGUUAUCUGCCACUGGUGCCUCAUUUAACAACGCAGCGCAUGAGUCACUGAGCAGUAUCCUGUGUCGGGAGAGCUUUGUAGAAUAGUGGACAACUUUUCUAGUCAGAAGGAAAAAUAAGUCAGUGUGAAUGCUAAACAAAAACAUAUCGAUACAUUUAUUAUUUCUGGUUGGUGUUAUGUAUACUUUUAUAGCAUGGUCACUGGAGGGUGGAAGAAUUCACAUGGAGUUGUGAGACUGAUUAGCGCUGUGACUACGCACUUCAUUGCAACAAGCAGGUCUGUUUGAGAAAAUGAAAGCUCACCUGUUGAAAGCUGUUUUCUGUUUAAUCAUCUUGUUGAGUUCAGUGCUGGAGAGUCAAGAAAAAUGCGAAGAAGCACUGAAGAAUUCAGAGAUGAACUUGACUGUGAAGUAUGAUCUCCCCAGCUUUGUGGCAGAUGCAGCUAUACAACAUCUUGUUGUAUUCAACAACCAUGUGUAUGUAGGAGCAGUAAAUAAAAUGUAUAUAUUGACUAAAAACUUAGAAAAGCUCUCUGAGUACAAGACUGGACCUGAGUUGGAAAGCCCUGAUUGUUCACCGUGUGAAGAUUGUUCAGAUAAAAUAAAUUCCUCUGCAAGUGUUUGGAAAGAUAACAUUCAUUUGGCACUGCUUGUUGAAACAUACUAUGAUGACGAACUCUUUAGCUGUGGCACAGGUAGCAGUGGUGUUUGCCAUCGGUAUGUUCUGCAAACAGAGAACCCUGAAGAUCUAGAAAGUGACAAGACAUGCAUGUACUCUCCCGGAACAGAAGAGGAGUCUCAAGGAUGCCCAGACUGUAUAGCAAGUCCUUCAGGGAUUAAAAUUGUGAGCAUUGUAAAUAAAGGGUUUGUGAAAUUUUUUAUAGGCAAUACAAUCAGCCCAUCAGUUCCCCAACAACCUUUACACCGUACAUUAUCUGUGAGACAAAUGAAAGAAACGCAAGAUGGAUUCCGUUUUUUCUCUGACCAGUCUUACAUGGAUGUUAUACCAGAACUAAGGGACAAGUAUGGCAUUAAAUAUGUUCAUGCAUUCGAAAGCGAGUCCUAUGUUUAUUUUAUGACGGUACAGAAAGAAGCGCACGAUUCUCAGUCCUACCACACCAGAAUCGUCAGGAUUUGUUCUUCCGACCCAGAGCUGCGGCGCUAUGUGGAAAUGCCGCUGGAAUGCAUUUUAACUGAAAAGCGAAGAAAGCGCUCGACACAGACAGAGGUUUUUAAUGUUUUACAGGCUGCGUAUGUCAGUAAGCCCGGAGCAGCUCUUGCAGAGGAAAUGGGUCUUUCUGUGGAUGAGGAUAUAUUAUUCGGUGUCUUUGCACAAAGUAAACCAGAUUCUUCUGAGCCCUCCAACAAGUCAGCUGUCUGUGCAAUAUCCAUUAAAGCUGUUAAUAUAUUCAUUAACGGCAUGAUUCAAAACUGUUACACGAAGCAUCCUUACCAUUUCCUUGGAUAUGAUAAGAAGUACUGUUACAAUCCGAGUUCAUCAGAUGACCUAUCAUGCCGUGGAAAACACGGAGAAGGGUACCGUCUCGAAGUAACAACAACCAUGCAGCGUCUUGACCUUUUCCUGGGGCAGUUCAGAAAUAUGUUGCUGACUUCAAUUACAGUCUUUACUCAAGGGGAACUGACUGUUGCCAAUCUAGGGACUUCCGAAGGCAGAGUAAUGCAGGUUGUGAUUUCUCGCUCGAGAAAAAGAACUCCUCAUGUUAAUUUUCAGUUGGACACGGUGCCAGUCUCUCCUGAAGUGGAUCUUGUAUCUGCUUCACAGCCGGAUGGUUUUGCAUUGUUCGUUACAGGAAACAAGAUAACCAAAGUUCCUUUGGUCGGACCAGGUUGUGAUCACUUUAGGUCCUGCAGCUCGUGUUUGUUAGCUCCCCACUUCAUGAGGUGUGGAUGGUGUCAUAACCAGUGUUCAAGGGCACAGGAGUGUGGGGCAGGGGCACAGGAAGUCUGCCCACCUAGCAUCUUCCAGAUUUCCCCUAUAAGUGCCCCCUUAGACGGUGGAACAAAGCUGACAGUCUGUGGAUGGGAUUUUGGUUUCAAUAAAACUGGAAUAUUUGACUCAAGUAAAAUACGCAUUGAAGUAGGUGGGUCUCUGUGCAAACUGGACACGAGAGCCAGCAACAGUAAUAGUUUGGUAUGUACACUUGGAGCAGUAAAUAGAGCCCACAUGAAUACUGUAACUAAAGUGUACAGUGGGGAACAAGCAACACAAAAAGGAGGGUUCUCAUAUGUGAAACCAACAGUCAAAGAAAUCUUUCCAGUCUUUGGGCCUAAAUCUGGAGGUACAAUGCUAACUGUAAGAGGAGCGUACUUAGAUUGUGGAAGUACAAGAGAAAUUACUAUUGGAAAGGCUGUCUGCACGUUAAAAAGUGUCUCGGAUACCAUGUUAAAGUGUAUGACUCCAGCACAAAUGGCACCAUCAAAAUAUCCUGUUAAAUUGAAAAUUGAUUUGUCUGUGCUUGAAGUUGCCAUUUCCUACACAUACAAUGAGGAUCCCAUUGUUUCUGACAUCCAGCCAUCCAGUUCUUUUAUCAGUGGAGGAGGCACGGUUUCAGCACAUGGAGUUAAUUUGAACUUGGCGCAUUUACCACAGAUGGUCAUUGCUGUACCGCAAGAAGGAAAAGAAUUUCAAGUGGAAUGCAGACCAGGUGACAGUAAGCAUAUCAUCCUCUGUACAUCUCCCUCACUGAAAGACUUGCAGCGUCACCCACCGAUAUUAACAAAGGUUUCCUUCACCUUGGAUGGAUUUUCUUCAAGGCACUUUGAUUUUGUGUACGUGGAGGAUCCAAAGUUUGAAAUGUUUGAAAAACCGAAAGUUAUCUCUAAAGGCAAUAAAUAUAUUUUAGAAAUAAAGGUAACUAAUGUUGACACUGAGGCUGUACAAGGUGAAGUGCUUAAAGUGAGCAACAGAAGCUGUGAAAAUAUCCACCUGGUUGCAAACACAAUAGUGUGCACCAUUCCCAUGGAGCUCUUGGAAGUCGAUAAUGAGGUACAAGUGGAGUGGAAGCAAGCCGUUUCGUCAGUUGUCCUUGGAAAAGUAAUGCUUGCCAAAGAACAUGAUUACACAGGCCUUGUUGGAGGAGUGGUGUCUGUAACCAUUUUAAUUCUCCUGGUGUUCGCAGCCUUUAUGUGGAUGAGGAAGAAGAAACAAGUUGAAGAUUUGGAUGAAGCUAUGGUUUGGUAUGAAGGAAGAGCACAGAUUCCACACCUGGACAUGCUGGCAAAUGCAAGAAGUGUCAGCCCAACCAAUGAAAUGGUCUCCCAUGAAUCUGUGGAUUACAGAACGACCUUGCUAGAGGAUCAGGGCCAAAAUCUGUCCCAGACUGAAUCAUGCCGACACCCCCAAUACAGCCAUUCAGGUUUGUCAACCAUACAGUCCAGUGGAGAUACUGACCUGGCUACUCCCCUGCUUCUGUCCAACGUUCACAUCAAUAUCAACAGCCUGGACCCAGAGUUGCUCAAAGCAGUGCAGCACGUUGUUAUUGCACGGGAUGACCUAAUUCUGCAUGUCAAUGAAGUGAUCGGAAGAGGACACUUUGGCUGCGUUUUUCAUGGAACACUUUUGGAUAAAGACAGCACAAAAAUUCACUGUGCAGUGAAAUCCCUUAACAGGAUUACAGACAUCGAGGAGGUAGCACAGUUCCUAAAAGAAGGAAUCAUCAUGAAAGAUUUCAGCCAUCCUAACGUCCUUUCUUUAUUGGGCAUCUGCCUUCCAAGUGAAGGCUCUCCACUAGUUGUUCUGCCAUACAUGAAACAUGGAGAUCUUAGAAACUUCAUUAGGGACGAGGCUCAUAACCCAACAGUGAAAGAUCUCAUAGGGUUUGGGCUACAGGUAGCAAAAGGAAUGGAAUAUCUAGCCAGCAAAAAGUUUGUCCAUAGAGAUCUAGCUGCCAGGAACUGCAUGUUGGAUGAAAAAUACACUGUUAAAGUGGCUGAUUUUGGUCUUGCGAGGGAUGUCUAUGAUAAGGAAUAUUACAGCGUGCACAACAAAAACGGAGUCAAAUUGCCUGUGAAGUGGAUGGCACUGGAGAGCUUACAGAUACACAAAUUUACUACAAAAUCGGAUGUGUGGUCUUUUGGAGUUUUGCUAUGGGAGCUGAUGACAAGAGGGGCCCCACCUUACUCAGAUGUCAAUUCUUUUGAAAUGACUGUAUUUCUGCUGCAAGGAAGGCGCCUUCUUCAGCCAGAAUUCUGCCCUGACUCACUGUACAAUGUGAUGAUUGAAUGCUGGCAUCCUAAUCCAGAAAGACGGCCGACAUUCUCAGGACUAGUUUCCAGAAUAUCUUCCAUCUUCUCCAGUUUUAGUGGGGAACACUACAUCCUUUUAAAUAGCACCUAUGUUAACAUUGAUAGACUUACUCCAUACCCUUCUAUUAAGUCAUCCCAGAAUGAUCUAAAUGACCAAGAACUGUGCACAUGAGGUAAGGAGCUAAAAAAAACAUAAUCCCCAUAUCAGUUGUUAACUGUAUGGAAAGAAGAAUGCAGACAGUAUAAUUAGAGGCAGCUACAGUACUAUAAACAGUCCUGCUGACAGUGAAGUAAUAACGGAUGUAACUGACUUUCAAACAGAAGAAAUGAAAACUGAGCUGCACUUUUUCGCAGAAAGGAUUGCAACACAAAGUACACAGUAAACCCACUGCCAUGAGCAACAGAGAUAUGGAAAAUCCUUGCCACUGAAAGUGGCCCAUUUUACCAAGUGCAGCAGAUCUGACAGGCAAAUCGGAUUUAUUAACUUGCUGAUGCCGAGUCUCGCCUUGAUAAUGCGUGACUUAAAAUGACAAACUGCCACAACAACUGUUUUGUCAAAUUAUCAGAAUCCUGUGCAAUGUGUGUAACUUCAGUAUAACCUGUGUAGGUCAAGUUCACAUUCUGAUUUACCAGUUCAGUUUUCCUCACUGCAUUCUUUCUGUGUGACUGGAUAGCAAAAUGAUGAACUUGUAGUGCCACUGUGAACUUCACUUAUAGCACACUGCCUAACUGGACAAACUGCAAAAUACUGGACAUGUUAUGUGCCACUAACUUAGCAUUUUAAACUAAAAUGAGAUAAACUAAUCGUAUUUGCUUACGAUUGUAAGUCGCCCUGGAUAAGGGCGUCUGCUAAGAAAUAAAUAAUAAUAAUAAUAAUAAUAAUGCUUCUUAUAUCUGUGUCUUGUAUUAAGUAUUUGUGACUGGCUUGUCACUUGGAAACAAAAGAGCUGGUGCACCUGUGAGAAAUGAAUGCUUUGUUUUUGCGCUUGCUGCUGUUUUUUUUCUUUCUGUAGUGUUUAGAAGGUUUUAAUGUAUGUGUAGACUGCUAUACUGUAAGUACUAUUUUUUUUUUUUUAUAAGGAAAUGUUUUGUUUAAAAGAAAAAGCAUCAAACAUUUCUGAAGAGACACAGUGGUACAGCAAAAUAAAACCCAAGACAACCUACUGUAUUUAAAUGAUUCAUUAUGUGUAAAUACUAAAGCAUUCAAGGAACACUGUAUGUUUUGUACUGUUUGCCUAAUGUAAAAUAAUUGUAUAUUAAAUAACUAAUCUGA